AUGGCCACUAGCAGCAGAUUGGACGAGAGGAGGCCGAUUCCAGCCUACGACGAAUCUGACCUCGAGUCGACGUGCAGCUCGCUGCGGAUGUCGAUUCACGAGUAUGUUCGCGAUCACGGUCGAUCAUACCACAAAUACCAAGAGGGAAAAUACUUGUUUCCCAACGACGCCGCAGAACAGGACCGCUAUAACAUCGUCCACAACAUGUACCUGCUUGCACUUCAUGGUCAACUGUACUUAGCGCCCGUGGACGAUGCCCGAAACGUGCUCGAUAUCGGCACGGGCACAGGUAUCUGGGCACUGGAAUUCGCAGAUCAGCACCCAGAUGCCCAGGUGCUCGGCAACGACCUGUCGUCGAUGCAGAUGCAAUGGGUAUUGCCUAACUGUCGAUUUGUGGUGGACGAUGUCGAGGGCGAUUGGAUCUAUGAGGGACAGGCGCCGUUCGACUACAUCCACCAGCGGAGCAUGUGCGGGAGCUUUGGCGACUGGCCACGAUUGUUUAGACAAGGGUAUGAAAAUUUGAUAAGUGGCGGCUGGUACGAGAUGCAGGAGAUGACGGUCGAAAUGGAAUUCGCCGAUGAAUCAGACCCGAACGAGAGCGAUGUCAGCAAAUGGCUGAAGUUGUUGGACGAGGCAACGGAAAAGGUGGGGCGGAGGCUGAAUUGUGCAGCUGACUUAGAAGCCAUGUUCCGCAACGCCGGUUUUGUUGAGGUACAACAUGAAGAGGUCAAGAUACCUUUUGGAAGAUGGCCUGAGGAAACUGAUCAACGAACGCUCGGAAUGUUCUCUCUUAUGUCGUACGUGGACGGGCUAGAGGCCAUAUCCUUGGCGCCCUUCAUCCACAUUCUAGGAUGGACAGAAAGAGAGCUCAAAAGUUUCCUGCACAAGGUUAGAAGGGAGUGUCUGGAGGGGCAGAAGCAAAUGUAUAGCCGGCUGCAUGUCGUCUAUGGAAGGAAGCCCUAA